AUGGAACAAAUACAGACUUCUGAAAAACUUAAUAAUGACCUUUGUUCUAAAUCAACUGAUGAUAAACAAACAAUACAACAAACUUAUCUUACCAUAACAGAUGAACUCAAUCAACAACUGUUGAUGCUUCAACAACAGAAUGAUCAACUUGAAACUGAGAAAUAUAUUUUGAAUCAACAAAUUGAAAAUCAAUCAUUCAUCAAUUUUAAACAAGAACGAAAUAUGCCGACACCUGGGAAGAUAUUCAUUACAACAAACUCGAUUAUUCAUGAAAAUUAUUUUAUAGAUUCAACGUCAUCAGACUCGAAUCAUGCCAAGAAGCAUACACAUGUUGCACCAAUCCAUGAAGUAUAUAAAACUCCUUUAUAUUUUGCAAUUUUAUAUUUCUAUGAAGUUGCACAGCAAAUUGUUAAUCAAAUCACUAAAGAAAGACAAGAUUUUACUCAACGAUAUCGUGCAUUAGAAAAAACCAACAAUGAUCUUCAAUCAGAAUCAGCAAAUGAACAACUUGAUAUCGAAAAUCAACGUUUGAGUAAUGAACUUGAAAAACAACCUAUUGUGAUUGAACAAGAACAAGUUAAACAAACUAUUGAUUUUAAUACGGCUAUUAUAUGUGGUAUUAAAGCUCAUGCAUGUGUACUUCAAACAGCUAUUGAUUUAUUAUCACAAAAUCAUCGUGUUUAUGUUGUUGUUGAUGCUGUUUCAUCACGUUCAUUGACUGAUAGAAUGUAUGCAUUUGAUCAUAUGCGUCAAGCCGGUGCUUUUCUUACAACAUUUGAAUCAAUUGUUCUUCAAUUAACACAAGAUGCUGGUCAUCCAAAAUUUAAACAAAUUCAGCAAUAUAUUAAAACAUCAGCAGCUGAUACAGGACUUCUUGCUUUAAAAAAUAUUCCAAAUCCAUCAUCAUAA